CGGGAGGAGGCGCGGGGCGGGGCCGCGGCGCGGGGGCGGGGCCGCGGCGCGCAGGCGUCCUAGCGGCGGGUCCCUGCGGCUCGGGAUGGAGGCUGAACAUUUGUUUUGCCUUUGUGUCUUGCCAUUCCUCUGAAGAACAGAAGGCACAUUAUAAAACCAGAUACUUCCCCUUGCAUUCUAUGAGAUUACAGCAAAAUGGAUAUGCCAAAUCCCCCAACGUCCAAAUGCAUCACUUACUGGAAAAGAAAAGUCAAAUCUGAAUACAUGCGACUCCGGCAGCUGAAACGGCUUCAGGCAAAUAUGGGCGCCAAGGCUCUGUAUGUAGCAAAUUUUGCAAAGGUUCAAGAAAAAACCCAGAUCCUCAAUGAAGAAUGGAAGAAGCUUCGUGUCCAACCUGUGCAAUUGAUGAAGCCCGUGAGCGGGCAUCCUUUUCUCAAAAAGUGUACCAUAGAGAGCAUUUUCCCAGGAUUUGCAAGCCAACAUAUGUUAAUGAGGUCUCUGAACACAGUUGCAUUGGUUCCCAUCAUGUAUUCCUGGUCCCCUCUCCAGCAGAACUUUAUGGUAGAAGAUGAGACAGUUUUGUGCAAUAUUCCCUACAUGGGAGAUGAGGUGAAAGAAGAAGAUGAGACUUUCAUUGAGGAGCUGAUCAAUAACUACGACGGGAAAGUCCAUGGUGAAGAAGAGAUGAUCCCUGGAUCUGUCCUGAUUAGUGAUGCAGUUUUCCUGGAGUUGGUAGAUGCUCUGAAUCAAUACUCAGAUGAGGAGGAGGAAGGGCACAAUGACACCUCAGAUGGAAAGCAAGAUGAUAGCAAAGAAGAUCUGCCAGUAACAAGAAAGAGAAAAAGACACGCUCUUGAAGGCAACAAAAAGAGUUCCAAGAAACAGUUCCCAAAUGACAUGAUCUUCAGUGCAAUUGCCUCAAUGUUCCCUGAGAAUGGUGUUCCAGAUGACAUGAAGGAGAGGUAUCGGGAGCUAACGGAGAUGUCAGACCCCAACGCACUCCCCCCUCAGUGCACACCCAACAUCGACGGCCCUGAUGCCAAGUCCGUGCAGCGGGAGCAGUCCCUGCACUCCUUCCACACACUGUUUUGUCGACGCUGCUUCAAAUACGACUGCUUCCUCCACCCUUUUCACGCUACCCCUAAUGUAUAUAAACGCAAGAACAAAGAGAUCAAGAUUGAACCAGAACCAUGUGGCACAGACUGCUUCCUUUUGCUGGAAGGAGCAAAGGAGUACGCCAUGCUUCACAACCCUCGCUCCAAGUGCUCCGGUCGCCGCCGGCGAAGGCACCACAUGGUCAGUGCUUCCUGCUCCAACACUUCAGCCUCUGCUGUGGCUGAGACUAAAGAAGGGGACAGUGACAGGGAUACAGGCAAUGACUGGGCCUCCAGUUCCUCAGAGGCCAACUCUCGCUGUCAGACCCCCACGAAGCAGAAGGCUAGUCCGGCCCCACCUCAGCUCUGUGUAGUGGAGGCACCCUCGGAGCCUGUGGAAUGGACUGGGGCUGAGGAAUCCCUUUUUCGAGUCUUUCAUGGCACCUACUUCAACAACUUCUGUUCAAUAGCCAGACUUCUGGGCACCAAGACGUGCAAGCAGGUCUUUCAGUUUGCAGUCAAAGAAUCACUUAUCCUGAAGCUGCCAACAGAUGAGCUCAUGAACCCGUCGCAGAAGAAGAAAAGAAAGCACAGGUUGUGGGCUGCACACUGCAGGAAAAUUCAGCUGAAGAAAGAUAACUCUUCCACACAAGUGUACAACUACCAGCCCUGCGACCAUCCAGACCGCCCCUGUGACAGCACCUGCCCCUGCAUCAUGACACAGAAUUUCUGUGAGAAGUUCUGCCAGUGCAACCCGGACUGUCAGAAUCGCUUUCCUGGCUGUCGCUGUAAGACCCAGUGCAACACCAAGCAGUGUCCCUGCUACCUGGCAGUGCGAGAGUGUGACCCUGACCUGUGCCUCACCUGUGGGGCCUCAGAGCACUGGGACUGCAAGGUGGUUUCCUGCAAAAACUGCAGCAUCCAGCGAGGCCUCAAGAAGCACCUGCUGCUGGCCCCCUCAGAUGUGGCCGGAUGGGGCACCUUCAUUAAGGAGUCUGUGCAAAAGAAUGAAUUCAUUUCUGAAUACUGUGGUGAGCUUAUCUCUCAGGAUGAGGCUGAUCGACGGGGGAAGGUCUACGAUAAAUACAUGUCCAGCUUCCUCUUCAACCUCAACAAUGAUUUUGUAGUAGAUGCUACCCGGAAAGGAAACAAAAUUCGAUUUGCAAACCAUUCAGUGAACCCCAACUGUUAUGCCAAAGUCAGCCCAGCACCACCGGUUGUUGGCUUGGAGCUGACUAGGAACCUAGCCUUGGCUUUGUCCUGUUUGCAGUGGUCAUGGUGAAUGGGGAUCAUCGCAUUGGGAUCUUUGCUAAAAGGGCAAUUCAAGCUGGUGAAGAGCUCUUCUUUGAUUACAGGUGAGGUGGCCGGAAAUGGUCCUUGGGAGGGAGAAUUGAUUUGGGGACUUAAGGUGGGUGGAAUGGAGGAAGGAGACAGUCUUAUGGUGGUGGUCAAGUCUUUCUCUUUGUUCUACUCUCGGGUACCUUGCGUCAGUUGUAAACUGCUCUGAGGGACGGGGAGAGGGAGCAAAAUGGAGGGGAUUCCAUCUGUUCACUCACAAAAGCCUUGACAGUAACCUGGUUCCUCCUGCUCCGGGACAGGUACAGCCAAGCCGAUGCCCUCAAGUACGUGGGGAUCGAGAGGGAGACCGAUGUCCUUUAGCCCUCCCGGGCCCCACGCCAGCGCUUAUGGUGGCAGCACUGUCUUUGCUUCAUGCACACACCACCGCUGCUCGAGUUUCCUGCACUACGUGUCUCCCACACCGAGAAUCCCCCCCCCACUCCCUCUGCAGCGAGGCCUCGGCUGUGGCCAGUGGGAACAAGCGGUCUCAGUGAGAGGGGACACAGAGGCAGCUAGGGCUUGGGCCCCCAGGAGAGAGAGUUGCAGAAGUGGGAGACCGAGUCUCAGGCCUCAGAGGGAGAGAGCGCGGGCUAGGGGUGGGUGAUUCCGUGGUUUCUGGUCCGCUACGCAGGCUGUGGGCCUCGGCAGUCAACCUAGGCAGUUCCUCACCUGCACUGGCCUGUAAUUCUAACUUUCCAAGUCAAGGGUCCUUGUGUAAUUGGGUCGCCGGCAUCUCUCUCUGUGGUCAUAGGGCCUGGAGAGGACUGGCUCAGUGAAGUUUGGUACCCAGAGCUUAUGAGUGGCCUGCGUCAAGGGCGAGCCUGGCGGGUGGCACAGACUGACUUCAGAGGGGAGACGGGUCACCUUACUACCUCUUCCCUCCUGGCAGGGUUCAAAUUCAAAGAGUGUGGGUUCCGAGUGUGGAUAUUCAACACUGGGAGAAGGAGAGCUAAGUGCUGUUCUUCCAUAGAGAGCGAGAGCCAUCCUGGUGACCGCAGUUCAACUGCUGAGCCUGGGGCCCAAGAGGCUCUGAGAAACCUUCUCUACUCUGGAGAUGGGUGGAUACAUUUUCAGAUUCCCGAAAGCCGGCGCCAGUCUGCUGCUGGCUCCUCCCGAAGCUGUGGCUCGGCGCCGGCAGGCGACCCUCGUGCUGCUACUGAAGGAGCAGGGGGUCGUGCCGGGCUGCGCAGGAGCACGCUGGUUCCAGGCUAUGGAGUUGUCUUCAGGCCUUUCAUUCCCUCUAGAGGCUGGGCCCACAGGGCCUCUGUUGCUUAUCUCUUCUGGGUAGAUGGGCGAAGGCCUGGACUAGAGAGGGGUGAGGUUCUGAAGGUGAUUUACUUUCCUGUCUGAUGCACCUGCUGUUGGAAAGGGUAGUUGAGUGUUUGGAGGUGGGUGAGGGGCUCCCAAGUUGCACGUGCUUAGGACGGCAUCACGCUCGCCACGCACACUGGCAGAGGGUAUUUGAAGCGUAGAGAGGAAGCAGGCCAACCUCCUGCGCCAGUCCACGGUGCCAUUCUCUCUGGGAGUCCCGAUGAGCAAAGCACUUUAUUUCUUUGAGAAGGUCUGCAGAUUGAGGUGAAGUUUGAGCUGAGGUCUCUGGGGUCCCUGCCCAAAUCCCAUUCCUAAGGGAAGGGGAAGGACGGGGGUUGGAAGAUUCCCCUCCAGUUCUGUCUCAGCUCCUGGUGGAGUAAGGAGGAGCUUCCUUGCCACACAAGACGUAAAUGAGGAUGGGGCCGGCUCGAGGAGCUACCCCUGUGGUCUAUGGCCGGUGUGCUGAGCUGGCAGGGAAUAAGGAGCAUUGUGCUGGGUAAAAAGGAUGUGGGCAGAGACAGGCUGGCCCAGGGAAUAUUGGAGUAGGGAGCCGGCUUCUCUUUUCUCGAGGGAAUCCAAGCCUUUCUUCCCUAGUCUAUACUGACCCCUCCCUUUCUCCAACCCCACUGGCUGUCCCAUGAAGCAAGGAGUGGGGUUCCCUCUGGCCAAACUGUCGCCUAGGGAUUUUGGUGGAACGUGCACACACACUCACAUAUCCUCACGCACCACACUUGUGGGCACACAUGCACUCAGCCCUGAGCACACGCCCAGCCGGCUCCUGACGGAAGCCUCUUCCCACCUGACUGGUCAGCCCCACCAUGAUUCUGAAAUCUCCAUCUGCAGUGGUUUGUAUUCAUUGUGUACUGGAGACACCACCUAACUGGACUGUGGGCUCUGAAGUACUCGUAAAUUACAGGGAACUACCAGAGACAAAUGAAGGAGGAGUUGGGUCUGUCUGAAAUGGGGCUGGCUGUGAGGAAAAGAUGGGCAACAGGUUAUAUCCAGCCGUUGAGAGGCUAGACUGAUCCCCCUCUUCCCUCAGUGUGCAGAAUCCCCUCCUUCCCAGUUUCAGACCACUAAUACUCCUGUUCCGCCAGCAUUCCCAUCCUGUUCCCCUCGCUGUCCCCCCACCCCACACCUUCAGUGACGGGUCUCAACCUCUCCCCCCAGACCGUGGAAUGACAGAGCAAGGUGGUGGGCACUGUGGGGGGGGGGGGCUGGUAUAUGUGCGGCUUUAUUGCCAGUGAAUUUCACGCACUUUAAAAUCCUGUGGCUCGUGACCUCUUACCUGAAUAAAGUGGUAGAAUCCA